AUGCCAGAAGAGGGAGAGGAGAAUGAAAAGGUUCGCGAAUCAGAAAGUGAGAAGGUGGCAGAACCACUGCCCACAAACAAGAAACGGAUCGAGGCCAACAAACUAUCUCCAGAGGCAAAUACUUUUUCCAGAGGCAAGGUCAUGGUCAAUUUAUCACAUUCGAAGUUAAAACGGAAAGGUCAUACCGAAGAGAAACUUGUACGUGCCGGCCGCAAAAAUUUCACGGAAACAAAUCGAAGUUAGCUCCAGAAAAAAUAGCAUCGGCAAGAACUCAGAAGCUCUUGCGUUUAAUGAGAUCAAUAGGUCUUUGCUGAAAGUGGAUAAAAGCCAAAAAAUUGGAAACGGAACCUUCGGGAACUGCUACAUCGUCCUAUACCGCAAUGAAUACCGCUUUGUUGCUAAAGAAAUGAAAAUAAUUGAAUCCCCAAAGAAGACAAGAGAGGAAGUGUGGCGAGAAGCAUCGGCAAUCACUAGAAUUGGAGACCAGUGGGGAAUCCCUCUUCUGUUUGGUGUUUCCACAGAUCGGGCACCAUUUUAUCUGGUUCUACAGUUCCACACUUUACGUAGUGAAAGCGUAACACUUUUUAAGGCCGCUUCGGAAAAAGUUAUUCAAGAUGUUGCCAUGUGCGCAAAUAUCUUAAAGUAA